AUGAACAACCCAGGUCACAGCACCCAACGCGACAUCACUAACCGCCCUGAAAAUGGAAACUGGUCUACUCAGAAAGUUAAAAGAAACCUUUCAAGUUCAUCAUCUACCUCUUCCACCUCCACUUCUAAUAAAACUUCUCAGCCACAAACCAAAAAACUCUCUUUCUCAACGCGAAAUCGCUACGAACCACUUAAGGUCACCGAACCUACAGACUCGGUUUUUGACGCAAGCAUGAUAAUUGAAGAUCCCGACACCCCACCCCAUGCCAAACCACCUCCCCCGAUCUUUAUGAAAGGAAUAAAUGACUUUCCUGGCUUCUGCACAACUUUAAUUGAGUUGAUAGGAGUUGAUAACUUCAAUUGCAAAGCCACCACAGACCGCCAAUCCCGAAUCUUAUAG